GCUAUUUUUCGUACCAUCCGCAAUCCGUCAAUCGUUCAUUUCCAUUACGCUUUACAUUUCUCACCCUAAAAUAAUAUUCAAAAUGCGUGCCUUCACCGUCGCUGCUGCCCUUCUCAUCGCUGGAGCCCAGGCUGCUCCUGCUCUUGAGAGCCGCCAAGUUGUUUACGGAUGUUACUUCUCCGGCGAUGGUAUCAACAACCAGUACGUCAGCGUUGGCCACGACAUUGAUGUUACCGAUGCAAGCGGUAACACCCGUAACCUUGACUGCGGCACGACCUCCCAGCAGCUUGUUCCCAACGUCUUCGCCAAAUGCACUGUGGAUAAGAAGCAGCCCGCCGGUAUCACCGCCAAUGAGUCCGACAAGAACGCUAUCAACUGCCCUGUUUCUAAGAGCAAGGCGGACUGCUAAACUUCUCAAUAUCAAAUGCCAAUCUAAGUGCUGGUAGAGAUAUAAUCUUAAUGAGUCUUCAAAUGUCGAAUUGUGGUCUACAGACAUCGGCGUUGUUUUCAAGCCAUGUGGACCCAAGCUCGACACACGCCAAUCACCAACUAUGGGUAGCGUCAGACCAGUAAUAAAUACUUUGAAUACUUUGAACUCCCACGGCAC